AUGCUCUCCACUACCCCGGCUCCCGAUUACUGUAGAAUACGUUGCUGUUCUAAACAGACAGUACAGGAGUUGCUGGCGAAGUGCAGUGAAUUCAGCAAAGAAGUAAUGGAGAGUCAGCAACACCUGAGCCCGGAAAGAAGGGAACAGGAACUGAGAAACUGCAUUUGGGAUUUUGAAAGAGCUUUUCAGGAGAAUAUCACUAUCAAUGGGCAGAGUUGGCAAGAGGCUCCAGAAACCCAGAAUGAGCUAGAUAUUAAGAUGUUGGAAGAUAAACUGGAUGAUGCGAUAGUGGAUACAGCGAUAAAGCGGAAGAGAUAUCCUAGGAAAAUCUUGAGCCAUGUGGUUAAAAUCCUAAAGACGGAAAGAGAAAUCCUGGCCCAGACCAAACCUGCUGUGCAGCCAGAAGAAAUAAAGUUUGAUUCACAACAAGCCUUACGGAUGAUGGACCUGUCUGCAGUAACCAACAAUUUAUCAAAGCAGAUCAGUGAAACAAUGAAGGCCCUGCCAGCCCAGAUUGAGAAGGCCAAUGGGUUCUCCCAUGUGCUUAGCCUUCAGCCCAUCUUGGAGAGCUCCCGAACCCGCAAAGAAAUCUUCUGCAGUCAAGUCAAACUGGUAGACCUAGCAAAGAAAGUUCCAAGGCCAGUAGAAACCACCCCGAGAGAGACAGAAGCUAAGGUGAAGCCCAGCCCAGUGCUUAGCCGAAGAAGGCAAAGGUCUCAAUGUUCCGAAAGGAGUCUCUACCCUGUACGUUCCAAAAGGAAAAUCAGUCUGUCUUCAUGA